CGCACGCCAAACGCAACUCUCGUCUCUCCCGUCAGCGUCAGGCCAUCGUUCGCACCCGCCACGACCCCCCUGAAAACUGGAAUGCUCCUUCGCGGCUGGUGCUUCAGCCCUCCUCGCCUGAGAUUCCUUCCGUCGCCGCCGCCUCCUGCCCGCCCGGCGGCUCGAAUCGCGCCCACCGCUCUCGUGAUCUAGCCUCGUUGAGGGCGCGGCCGUGCCGGGCGCCGGCGCCGGCGGCCAUGUUCUGGAAGGACAGCAGCGCCCGGAGCAGCAGCAGCAGCGGCCGGGAGCAGAGCGGCGUCGGGCCCUUCGGCCAGGUGCGCGUCCUCGUCGUCGGCGAUUCAGGUGUUGGUAAAUCUUCACUGGUGCAUCUCAUCUUAGAAGGAUCUGCUAUUGCUCGACCAGCUCAGACAGUAGGAUGUGCGGUGGGCAUUAAACAUGUUACUUGUGGAAGUGCAGGGGGGUCUUCUAAUAACAUCAGUAAUGAUGCUGAAAGGAAUUUCUUUGUUGAGCUUUGGGAUGUCUCAGGGCAUGACCGCUACAAAGCUUGUCGUUCGAUUUUCUAUACACAAAUCAAUGGUGUCAUUUUUGUUUAUGACCUCUCCCAGAGGAAGACCAAGACAAAUUUGAAUAAAUGGGCAGUUGAAGUUGCGGAAACAGGCACCUUUUCAGCCAUACUUGGAUCUGGUGGACCAGGAGGACUUCCAGUGCCUUACCUUGUAAUUGCUAACAAAGUGGAUAUUGUUCCAAGCGAUGGCUCUAGAGUCAGAAGUGGAAGUAUUGUUGAUCUUGCUCGUCAAUGGAUUGAAAAGCGGGGUCUUCUUCCUCGCAGUGAAGAACUUCCGCUCACAGAGAGCUUUCCUGGGAACUCUGGUCUCAUCUCGGCUGCCAAAGAAGCAAGAUAUGACAAAGAAGCUGUGACCAAGUUUUUCCGCAUGUUGAUCAGGAGAAGAUAUUUCUCGAACGAACCUGCUGUGCCAAGUCCCUGGUCUCUUAUUCCAAGGGAAGAUAGCAUCCUUCCUGUAGUGACUCGCAAAGAUGAUGCCGAUAGCUUUCAAAGGAAAAGCUAUAGCGGCGAGGACUUCAUGUUCAAUGGGGUACCACCACUGCCGGCACAAAGGAACCUCCCACCACCACCAACUCUCGAACCACAGCUGCCGGUGUUUUCUUCAGAUAACUACAGAUAUCACAGAUUCUCCUCGCCAUCGCUUACUGAGAUGAGCAGCAAUAGAACAAGCCGUGAAAAUUUUAAUGUAUAAUGCAGCGGAUGUCAAAAGGCUUAAAGGGCAUCACCUGCUACCUGGGAAGCAUAUGGCAUCUGCUGCCUUGGUGGUGUUGGAUUCCAGCUGGUAUCAUGAACCAUCCGAUGCCUUCCUUUGCAGCAUACGGAAGGUGCCCAGUUGGUCUUCUUUGUUGGCCUAGUCUCUAGCUGAUUGCUAGUGGCGACUCCUGUAUUCUUUUUCCUCCAUACCUGUUCAUUCAAUAUAGUGAUUACUUGUCAUUUCCAUAAUGCAAGUAACUGGAAAAUGGCACCCCGGUUCGAGAAAUACAUAGCAAAAGAGCAGGGGACAAUGGACUAUACAGUGAUAUAGGAUAAAAAUAUCUUUAGUGUUG